CCGGUACACACACCUGACUGCGGCUGAAGGGAAAGUGAAAGAAAAUGUUUGCGAUGAUCUUCCGCAGUUUUAAACAGUUCAGUUGAUCAGAAGAGAUCAUAUCCAGAGUUCAGAUGUGUGUCUAUGAAGAGUGACAUCUAACAUAAUGGAGCCGACAUUCAACUUUAGGUGUGAAGGGACACGGCCUGAUCUCGGAUCAGUUGAUCAGAUGAGAUCAGAUCCAGAGUUCAGCUGUGUGUCUAUGAAGAGUGAUGCGUCUAUGGAUCAGCCAUUAAACUUUAAGAGUGGAGAUACAAGACCUGAUCUCAGAUCAGUUGAACAGAAGAGAUCAGAUCCAGAGUUCAGCUGUGUGUCUAUGAAGAGUGAUGCGUCUAUGGGUCGGCCAUUAAACUUUAAGAGUGGAGAUACAAGACCUAAUCCUGGAUCAGUUAAUCAGAUGAGAUCAUAUCCAGAGUUCAGCUGUGUGUCUAUGGAGAGUGAUGCGUCUAUGGAGCUGUCAACCAACUUUAAGAGUGGAGAUACAAGACCUGAUGUCAGCUAUGACUCUAAACCUCCUGAAGUCUUGAGAACAUUUAAAUCAAACCUGAGGAAGAAGUUUAAGUGUUUGUGUGAAGGAACAUCAGAUGAGAGAAACCCAACACUGCUGAAUGAGAUCUACACAGAGCUCUACAUCACAGAGAGUGAAAGUGGAGAGAUCAGUAAUGAACAUGAGGUGAGACAGAUUGAGACACAAUCCAGGAGAACAGCAACAGAGGACACACCAAUCAAAUGCAAUGACAUCUUUAAAGCUUUACCUGCACAAGACAAACCCAUCAGGAGUGUGCUGACAAAGGGAGUCGCUGGCAUUGGAAAAACAGUCUCUGUGCAGAAGUUCAUUCUGGACUGGGCUGAAGGGAAAGAGAAUCAGGACGUCCACCUCAUAUUUCCACUUCCUUUCAGAGAGAUCAAUCUGAUGAAGAACCAAACACUCAGUCUUUUACAUCUUCUUCAUCUUUUCUUCCCAGAGACAAAAGAAAUGGAAAUCUCCAGCGGUGAAUAUAAAGUGUUGUUCAUCUUUGAUGGUUUGGAUGAGUGUCGUGUGUCUCUGGAUUUUCACAGCAGUGUGAGGUUGUGUGAUGUCAGUGAAUCAGCCUCAGUGGACGUGAUGCUGACAAACCUCAUGAAGGGGAAUCUGCUUCCCUCUGCUCUCAUCUGGAUCACCUCCAGACCAGCAGCAGCUGAUCUCAUCCCCUCUGAGUGUGUUGAUCGAGUCACAGAGGUACGAGGCUUCACUGACAAACAGAAGGAGGAAUACUUCAGCAAGAGAAUCAGUGAUGACAGUCUGAACAACAGAAUCAUCUCACACCUGAAGUCAUCCAGGAGCCUCUACAUCAUGUGUCACAUCCCAGUGUUCUGCUGGAUUUCAGCCACUGUUCUAGAGAGAAUGUUGAGUGAAGCAGAGAGUGAAGGAGAGAUCCCCAAGACUCUCACUCAAAUGUACACACACUUCCUGAUCAUUCAGACAAACACCAAACAUCAGAAGGACUAUGAGAAGAAAGUGAAGAAUGAUGAAGACAUGAUCUUCAAACUGGCCAAACUGUCUUUUGAGCAGCUUGUGAAAGGGAACCUGAUCUUCUAUGAUGAGGACCUGAGAGAGUGUGGCAUUGAUGUAGCAGAAGCAUCAGUGUACUCAGGAUUGUGCACUCAGAUCUUCAGAGAGGAGUUUGGCUUGUAUCAGGGGAAAGUUUACUGCUUUGUUCAUCUGAGCAUUCAGGAACAUCUUGCAGCUCUUUAUGCUCACAUCUCCAUCACAAACAACAAGAGAAAUGUGUUUAAUAAAGCUAGAAAAUCAUAUCAAGUAAAGACGUCAAUAUCUGAGCUGCAUCAGAGAGCUGUAGAUGAGUCUCUACGGAGUAAAAAUGGACAUCUGGAUCUUUUUCUUCGUUUUCUUCUGGGUUUGUCUCUGGAGUCUAAUCAGAAUCUUCUAGGAGGUUUGAUGACACAGACAGUAAGAAGCUCUCACAGCAAUGAGAAAACAGUCGAGUAUAUCAAGAAGAAGAUCAGCAGCACUCGCUCUCCAGAGAAAUCCAUCAAUCUGUUUCACUGUCUGAAUGAACUGGGUGAUGAUUCACUGCUGCAGGAGAUUCAACAUUAUGUGAAAUCUGAAUCAGUCGGAAAAUCCAAACUCUCCUCUUCACAGUGGUCAGCUUUAGUUUUUGUGUUGUUGAUGUCUGAUCAGUAUUUGGAUAAACUUGAUCUGAAGAAAUUUAUUGGAGGUCAAAAUAAAGCAGAUGAAGUUCUUGUGAAACUGAAGCCUGUGAUUAAAGAAUCAAGAAAACUGAAGUUGAGUCAGUGUAAGAUCACAGAUGAAGGUUGUGUUGCUCUGACUUCAGCUCUGAGAUCAAACCCCUCACACCGGAGACAUCUGGAUCUGUAUUAUAAUAAUGUAGGAGAUUCAGGAGUGAAGCUGAUCUCUACUGUACUGGAGAAUCCUCACUGUAAACUGGAGACACUGAAGUUGAGUCUGUGUAAGAUCACAAAUGAAGGUUGUGUUGCUCUGACUUCAGCUCUGAGAUUAAACCCCUCACACCUGAGACAUCUGGAUCUGUCUGGUAAUAAUGUAGGAGAUUCAGGAGUGAAGCUGAUCUCUACUGUACUGGAGAAUCCUCACUGUAAACUGGAGACACUGACGUUGAUCAAGUGUAAGAUCACAGAUGAAGGUUGUGUUGCGCUGACUUCAGCUCUGAGAUCAAACCCCUCACACCUGAGACAUCUGGAUCUGAAUUAUAAUAAUGUAGGAGAUACAGGAAAGAAGCUUCUCUGUGAGCUGAGAGAUGAUCCACAUUAUAAACUAGAGACAGUGACGACUCACAGGUGAUGACAGUAAUGUGUGUGUUUAAAGGUGUGUGUGUGUGUGAUCUUCAGUAUCAUCUGAUGGACAAUUAGAAGACAACACUAUAGUGACAUCACAGACACACAAUCAACACAGACUGAAGACACAAUAACACCUCACACUGAUAACACUGUUUGAAAACAAUCAUUCACACAUUCAGUUUCAUAAUCCUGUGAUAGUCUUGAUGAAGUGACUGAAAAACUUCUUCAACAAAAGAAAAUGAUGUUACACAAUAUUGUCAGGACAGUAAACACACACAAAUGUUGUGUAAACUCCAGUAGAUUUGAAUCAAAUAGAGCAAAUCUAGUGUGUGUGUUCAGAUAUGUACAGUAAAGAUCAUCAUGUGUGUGACUCACUUUAUCAACCAAUAAAACAAAUGAAUUUAAGCGUCACAACAUCUGAAGAAGGAUCAGAAAUAGAAAGAGAUUGAUACUUUGAGUCUGAAUCCUGAAAGUAUUGAAGUAAUGACUUCAUAUUAACAUUAUUAUUAUUUUAUUUCACUUUUACUAGAAGGUCAUUUAUGUAACUAACAUCUAUGAGCUGCACAUUUACUUCCAAAAGUAAGUAAAAUGAAAAUUUUGUCAUGAAUUACUCGCCCUCGGGUUGUUCAAAACCUGUAAAAGUCUUUGUUCUGUAGAACAUGAAGAUAUUUGUAAGAAUGUCAGCAAUGGACAGUUCUGUGGUACCUUUGACUAUAAUUGUCAUUUUUCCUACAAUAGUAGUCAAUGGUGCCCCAGAACUGAUAGUUGCUGACAUUCUUCCAAAUAUCUUUCUCUGUGUUCAACAGAACAAACACAUUAUUACAGGUUUUGAGGGAGAGAAAAGGACAUAAUUUUCGUUUUCCUGCAGACUUUCCCUUUAACAGAUUUUCUGUUCAAACCAUCAAACUGACAUUAUCAGAGAUGGAUCAUCACUUCAGAACAGAAGUAUAAUCACAGAUGACACAGAUGACAGUCUACAGUUAAAUUGAACAAUUCUAUUGAUUGUGUAUAUUGUGUAUGUAUAGUAUACUCUAUGUGCAUCUUUAUGUGUUAUACUGUGAUUAUAUAUCAUCAGAUUAUUUCAUAAACAUUGUUCAAAACAUGUUGUAUGUCAUGUUAAAUGUUAUAAGAUGUAAUAAAACUGUGUCUUUUGUUAG